CCCUCCUCGUUGCUCAGUCUCGACCACGACAUUCGUUCCCAACUCAUUUCUCGACCGGAGCACGGUGUCGAAACAUAUUGACGAUAGCAUCGAUUGCCAAAGCCCACUGGGGCGUUUUUCAGUAUAAUCAGGCGGCUUGGCGACCAUUGUUUACUUCUUCAAGUCUACGACUUUAUACCGGCAACAGGGACAACUCAGGUCUCGCGACUGCGCUGCAUCUUGCUAUAUUCACCGAUAUAGCCCCCAAUUCGUACGAAGGAUCUCGGCACAAACGCGAGAAAAAGAAUAAGAACCAGGCCAAUUUCUUGAGGAGACAUAUUUAGGAUUCGACAGCUCAACUUUACAGCCCAAUACUGGCCUUGUUGCUUCAUUUCCCCGACAACUCUCACCCUCUCUUCGCCAAUGUUAUUCAUCAGCGUUGCAGCAGAGGGAAAUAACGGAAGAGCUACACGUUGAUAUAUUGCCUUUCCGUCCCCGCGUCUUCACGACGUCGGCCGCUUGCUCUGUCGUCCUCUUAUCGGUCUUGAGUUGGGCGCUUAGCGCACAGUUGCCAUGUUACGGCCUGGCACACCGUUGACGGUGCUGCUGUUCGCAGCUUUUGCUUUGCUCCUGUUAGCUGUUAUAUCAACCCCAAUCAUUGAAGCCAUUCCACUGAGCGACUUCGGCGGUGUAACAUAUGGCGUUUUUGGCUAUUGCCAACAGGGCAAAGGAUGUAGCGGUAUCGGGGUUGGAUACGACACUGCCAAAUUAGUCGGGGAUGAUAGUCAAGCCUUUGACUUACCAUCUGGCGUUCGGAAUACGCUAUCUGCCAUUCUUAUUGUGCAUCCAGUCGCGGCACUUAUUACCCUUGUCAUGACUAUCAUGGCGGCUGUGUCUCACUUGCACGCUCCGUCGCACUCGACAAGAUACCUGCUCAUUUUAUUUAUCUUCCUCCUCAUUGACUUCCUAGUUUGCUUGCUAGCCUUUUUGAUCGAUGUGCUUCUAUUUGUACCACAUCUAGCAUGGGGAUCUUACCUCGUCCUUGCUGCUACUAUCCUAGUUGCCAUGAGUGGGUUGGUAACUUGUGCGAUGCGUCGCACUCUAGUCAGCAGGAAAGACAGGCAGCGACGUAUCGCUCAGAAUGCUGAAAUGAGCGGCGAGAAUUAUUACAACAGAACUGCUCAAGAUAAGACGACUGUGGAGCCUGAAGUUUCUCGACAACCGACUCUACCCACUGUGAGUGGUGGCAAUGGUGUCCAUGACAAUCUUCCGUCCUUUACAACCUUCGAACAGAAGAGUAGAAGCGACCAAGCUAGCGAAGAAGCCAUCCCUCUCACCCGCCGGACCACAUCAAAUAGAUCACCAGUACCCCCUAACGAGGUGGCAAGCGUGGGUGGGGUUGCGGCCUUUAGCAGGAGCCCACAGAGGCAAGGUUCUCGCGAUCAGUUUGGCAACCCAAUCGACAAUGCUACCGACCCAUAUGCAACGCGGAGAGGACCUUCUCCAAGCUUGAGUAACCGUGGAACAGGAGCCGGAGGAGGCUACCGCGGUGGAAGAGGGGGUUAUGGUCGUGGCGGAUAUGAUAACUAUGGAGCACCAGUCCGAGGUCGUGGGGGCUACGGGCCAUCUGGAAGGGCUGGAUAUGGUCCCAGAGGAGGACGAGGAGGCUAUGGACAACCCAACCGAGGAGGCUAUGCUUCAAACGGGAUGAGGGGAGGUCUGAAUGCGCCCCCAGGAUACAGCAACGGUUCUUACGAUCGGAGACCGUCACCUGCUCAAAACCUUGCUCACGAUGUUCAGCCGUCAGAGCCAUCUAAUGGAUAUAGCUCGAUGAAUCCUUCGAUGCCGAGUGUGAACACUUAUACUGCUUACAGCCCAGAUUCCACAUUGCCUCGAGCUGAGUCGCCACCGCCUUUGCCAGGAACCGAGCCUGCCACUGUUGGGGGUCGCGCAGUAGAAAUGGAUGCAACCCCGGCUGUUCAGCGUCAUGACGGAGGAACCUACGGACAGCUUCGGGACAGUGACGCGGAUGUUGCAGGUAUGGUUGGACUCCAGCAGGGGCAGAUCCCACAGCGACAUGACACGUACAUGAGCGAGGGAAGUAAAUAUAGCACCGAUGAGCAGUACGCUCCACCCCGCUCAGGAUGGACUCAGGGCGAUGGCAGAAAUUCACCCCGAGCCCCGUCACCUCUGGUAAAUGGUCAACCAAGAGCUGAACUCACUGAAACAAGGACACCACCUGUUGUCCAACAGCCUGUGGCCACCGGGAAUAGCAACUAUUAUGAAGAUGUUGAUCCCCGGUUUGCCUCCGAUGCACCGCCCGCAAGUAACAACCUUCAACCGCCCCCUAUUGAGCCUAUAUACGAGGAUAUCCAUGCCAAUAAUGCGGGGACUCGAAGCCCUGCCGAGUCUGAGCAUUCAACAUUUACCUCCAUAUCCCAGCGUGGAAUCAACCCGCGUUGGAACCCUAAUCCCCCGCCGCUGCCGUACCAACAAGGACCCCCUCAUCGCCGACCAGCACAUCAACAACAGCAGCGUCAAGACAUGCUAUUAGACACCCCCGACUUUCAGUUGCCUAGUUCACGGACUGGACGAGGUCCUGGAAUGGUACCUGGAAGCGCAUACCCACCUGGCGGUUUCUAGUGAAUCUGCCUAGUGAGCUUCUAUGGUAGUAUCAUGGCCACCAGACUGGGUUAUUUCUAAUACAUACCCGACCCUUCUCCUGUUGUUCGGGUGUUCAUGCCUUGCAAUUCUUAUUAUGGCGGUAUGCCGGGAGACACAAUUGUCCCUUAGACUAAUCUAGUGUCUUAUUGUUGGUUAACUGUAACAAACUGUGUUGGUUUACCAUUCUUCAUCCUUUGUGUAUUACACUCCUUGAAACGUACAUUUUUGUUUUAUUUACUUUGAUGUCAUGGAGUUCAGGCAUAGCUUCUGUCCAUACCUGACGCUUCUUGCACCCCUAUUAUUGUUGUUUUGUCUUUGGCUAUAGCGCAGGACGCUGUGAUUCCUUGGCGAUUAUUGCAUGACAAGCCACGUCUGAUGUCAAUGGAAUCCACACCGUCCUGAAAAGAGGGCGUGUUGCUAGCACGGUUGUUGAUUUGAUCCGAUUGAUGUGUUGGUUGGUUGAUGGAAAGAAAGAAAGAAGAAAGGAAACACGACGUGACAAAUGAGGCUCUGCAGGUAAAAGUGGUUCCUGAGAGUACAUCGAUUGAGAUGAAUGAGAGGAGGGAACAAAUAUAUGACUAUAUAUCUUCGUUUAGAGGAUGAAUAAUGAAGUAUCAAUCGAACAGUGUUCUUCUAUGCAUAAGUUGUGGACUCUCA